AUGACAACAACAGAAACAUCAACACCAUCUGAUUCGUCAGAAACUGUUAUUAUUACUGGUGGUACUGGAUAUGUUGGGCAACAUAUAAUUGCCCAAUUAUUAAAACUGGGUUAUAAAGUAAUUGCCAUUGUUCGCUCACAACCACGAGGCAUGGAAUUGAUUAAGCAAUAUAGUCAUCCUAAUUUACAAAUUGAGGCAGUUGAACAAUUGGAUAAACCAAAUUCCGUUGAUUUUGUGUUGAAACAACAUCCUGAAGCAUCUACAUUCAUUGCUGGUGCUGCUGUAACUGAUUUUACUGCCAAGGACGUUGAAAAGGAGAUUUUGCAAAAGAGUAAUGCCAUUAUUAAAAACACAUUGGAAUCGAUUAAUCACCAUGGUAAACUGAUUAAACGUGUUGUAUUAACUUCGACAUCGGGUACUCACAUUGGGCCGGAAAAGAUGUUUAGUUAUGAUGCUCAAUAUACUGACGAUGAUUGGAGUCCAUUACCGUAUGAAGCCGGGUUUGCUAAUGCACAAAUGGCGUAUUUUGUGUCCAAGAAAUGUAAUGAAGAAUUGGCAUGGAAAUUUAUCAAGGAUAAUGAUACUCAAUUUGAUUUGGUUUCAAUUAAUCCAUCAAUGUGUCUUGGACCAGUUCAAUUUGCCAAUGAAGUGAGUUUGAAAGAGGGGAGUUACUUACCGUCAACAACAAAUAUUAUUGCCAACUUACUCAAAUUGAAACCAAACGAUACAGUGGAACCAUUGGCUGCUGGUGCUGCUGAUGUGAGAGAUGUGGCUAAAGCACAUGUUGCCGUGAUUAAUAACCCAAAAGCCAGUGGGCAAAGAUUGAUUGUUGAAGCUUAUAAGUUUACCAAUGCCAACGCUAUAAAUAUUUUACACAAUUAUUUCCCUCAGUUGAAGGACAAAUUACCCAAUGCUGAACCUAUACCUGAGUCGAAAUUUGUUGAACCAAAUUUGAAGAAAAGUAGAGAGAUUUUGGGGAUUGAAAAGUAUUACAACUUGACUGAUUCAGUUGUUGGGUUGGCUAAACAAUUGUUGAAGGAGUGA